GGGUCGGGCUGUCCUCUCAACGCCUGCUCAGGAACGCGGUAAGGCCGCAUCGAGGCAGAGCCCCAGAACGGGCUGCUGGCUCUCGGGCGUCAUCUCCGCACCGCUGCUCCAGGCUUGCGGCCGGGCUCUCUGCGUUCUCCCCCACCCCCAGGGAAGGGCGGGUCCGGCGGCGCGCGGACAGCCCGGCGCGAGGCCCCGCGGCUCCGGUGGGGACGUCGCUGCGGGCGGCACUGCUGCUGGCGUCCAAGAUGUCGACCAAGAAUUUCCGAGUCAGUGACGGGGACUGGAUCUGCCCUGACAAAAAGUGUGGAAAUGUAAACUUUGCUAGGAGAACCAGCUGUAACAGAUGUGGUCGAGAGAAGACAACUGAGGCCAAGAUGAUGAAAGCUGGGGGAACAGAAAUAGGAAAGACACUGGCAGAGAAGAGCCGGGGCUUAUUUAGUGCCAAUGAUUGGCAAUGCAAAACUUGCAGUAAUGUGAAUUGGGCUAGAAGAUCAGAGUGUAACAUGUGUAAUACUCCAAAGUAUGCUAAAUUAGAAGAAAGAACAGGAUAUGGAGGUGGUUUUAAUGAAAGAGAGAAUGUUGAAUAUAUAGAAAGAGAAGAAUCUGAUGGGGAAUAUGAUGAGUUUGGACGUAAAAAGAAAAAAUACAGGGGGAAAGCAGUUGGUCCUGCGUCUAUAUUAAAGGAAGUCGAAGAUAAAGAAUCAGAGGGAGAAGAAGAGGAUGAGGAUGAAGAUCUAUCUAAAUAUAAGCUAGAUGAGGACGAGGAUGAGGAUGAUGCUGAUCUCUCAAAAUAUAAUCUUGAUGCCAGUGAAGAAGAAGACAGUAACAAAAAGAAAAGCAAUAGGCGGAGCCGCUCAAAGUCACGAUCGUCUCACUCAAGGUCUUCAUCACGCUCAUCCUCCCCCUCAAGUUCAAGGUCCAGGUCCAGGUCCCGUUCAAGAAGUUCUUCCAGCUCGCAGUCCAGGUCUCACUCCGGUUCCAGAGAACAUUCCAGAUCCCGUGGUUCGAAAUCAAGAUCCAGCUCCAGAUCCCACAGGGGCUCUUCUUCCCCAAGAAAAAGAUCUUACUCGAGUUCUUCAUCAUCUCCUGAAAGAGACAGGAAGAGGAGUCGCUCUAGACCUUCUUCACCAGCUGUUCGCAAAAAAAGACGAACGAGAUCACGGUCGCCCGAAAGCCAGGUGAUUGGUGAAAACAUUAAACAACCCUGAGCCCAGGGCCAACCCCUACGGAACACCACCACUUUGCCCAGGCACCACAGGUCAUCCUCCGGAUCAACCCAUUCUGGUUCCCGUUCAAGUUCAAAAAAGAAAUAAUGUAUUAAAAUUUACAUCUUUAAAAAACAUUGAGUACAGUGCAUGAAGCAUAUUUUUUAGGAAGUUGAUGUCUCAUUUGGUCAGAAGUACUACAUCUGCUAGUAGAGGUGCAUGCCUUUAUUGCUUUUCAAAACAAUACAACUGUGUUUAUUUGUGAAACUGAAAGUAAAUUGCAUUUUAAGCCAUACUGUUCCCCAGAUAAAUGCUCUCUGUUCAUUUACAACCAUUUGCUUCAUUUAAAACCAUCCUAGCAAUAGCAGUACUUUUGUUUCCUACUUUAAAUCCUUGUCCUUUUCAUUUCUAAAUGUUCUAUUGACAGAAACAGGGUUGCCUGGGCUUGCCUGGACUUCAGACACAUGGGCAAAGCUAAUAAGCUAGAUGGAAUAACCAAUUCAUGUUCAUAUGGGAGUAGUAGUCAACCUGGUUAUGUUAUUUACUUGUGCCAGUAAUUUCUUACCAGACGUUAACUAUGUUGCAAAGCUGACAACUGGGAACAAGCUGAGGGUGCCUUAGAAUCAUUGUCUCUUACCAGCUUUACACCUCUUAAUACAGAGGAUUGUAGAAAUUACAAAAGGAAAAGGUUAACCACAUCUUAUUUCAAAAUGUCUGUCUUAAAGUUUAAGAAAUGUGGAUAUCCUCUAAAUCUAGUUACCAAAUAUUGUACUUGAACAAUAAAGGAUUUUAAUCAUAGUUAAUGAGCAAAUUGAAGAAAGCUUUUGAAACCUGUUUCUCAGUGACAGGCUGACAGAGACAUGAAUUUAAGUGAACAUUUGCCUUGUGAUGUCUGAUUUUCAACAUUGUAGAUAUCUAAGUAACAGAAGAAUUCUUAUUUCUGUACAAUUUAAGCAAAGUCAUUUUUCUCCUCACCUGAAAAAAAAAACCAUAUGGCUUAAAAUGCUUUCAGAAUUUUAUUUCUCAAAUUAAAAUCUGGUCACUUGAGAUCCAUUUUGUUCUCUGGUUUAAAAGUUAAAAGAUUUCUCUUAACAGUCUCUUCAGCAGCAAAAGCAAGGUAAGUAUAUAAGGGACAACAGUUGUGCUGGGGCUCCUUGUGAGGGAAUUAUUUUUCCUGUUUCUCCUUUAGUAUUUGUCUGCUGCAGUUUAAAUAAGUAAAGCCUUCUAAGAUGUUUAGUAGACAGAUCAAACAAAAUGUUUUUAUUUUAAAGUGAGUGUUUUUCUUCUCAACUGAUCUAAAGAUGAAAACAAAAUAUCGUACGUAGAAAUAUUUUGGUAAUAUUUUUACAAGCUUUCCUGUGUUUUUUUGUCUUAUUUUCCUUGCUGCAUUUACUGUAGGUUGCACACGAACUCUUACUCUCUUGUAAUUGUGCCUCAGACUUCUUGAAAGUCGACUUUCUGAGUUGCCCAGAUCUUCUAGAUCCGACGUGUUAGCCUUGGUUUGUUUUUGUGCUUUCUGUAUUUAAAACUUGAGCUGUACUAGGCAAAUGCAAGAUUAUAAAUUUAGCUAAUAGGAGUUUACAAACAGUUCAGAUGAUUAUGAUUUGAUUUGGUUUAAUUGAGCUGUACUAGUUCAUUUCGUAAGGAAAUGAUACUGUAGACAAAUGUAAAUAAAAUCUGUGAGUCAACCA